ACCUGGUCCAGUCGGUUCAAUAUCCAGUAUCAUGGACACUACAUGGGCUGUUAUCUCAUGGAGUGUACCUAGUUAUAUUCCAUCAGACUAUCCCAUUGUCACAUAUGAGAUAGGGUAUCAUGUCUUACUGUCUGGUAAUUGUUUGAUGGCAUAUGAUGACGAGUACAUUAAUACUGAAAUAUUACAACUUUGUAAUUCAAGCAAUGGCAAUACAUUUAUUAACAUUACUGGUCUGAAUGAUAUGUCUUGUUUCAUUUUUUGUGUACGUGCCUACACUAGUAAUGGAUAUGGAGAUUGGAUAGUUAUUGUUAAUGAGACACUAAAACUACCACCACAACCGUCAUAUAGCUGUCCAUCAAUCAGUUUUACAACAGAUAGUGUUAUUGCUCUUUGUGUGAUUGUUGGUGUAUUGUUAAUUCUACUGACUGUCAGUUUCAUUUUCAAUAUCUACUGCUUUAUAAAGAAAAAAAGUCCAUCUACUGCUAAUAGGCAAACAAAAGCUGAUGAUGAUAUUGCAAUGCAAGUAUGUGAACCAUAUGAAAUUCACAAGGCUAAUUUAAGUGAAGAAUAUGAGGCAGUCUAUGAUGAAUGUCAAACAUCACCUGAUGUUGUAUAUGAAUGUGUCACACCAAAUGAAUGUGUUACAACAACUUAAUACUCAUUAAAACAUUCCCACUAGCAGUAGUAUAGCAUUAUAUAGUUUGUGUGCAAUUGUGCUUAGUUUUGUUUGCCAAUAUAGCAGCUUUGAUGCCA